AAAUUUGUUAAUUUAAGAAGAAAGAAUUAAAAACGUGCCAUGUCUUAACUGCAUUUGAUGAAAUAUUGAGAUCUUUACUUAAUGACUGAUGAAAACAAAUUAAUAAUGUUAACACGAAUAAAGAUAACCUUUUCAGAUGCACUAGAAUGUUUGUUCAUUCUUGGACAGCGCUUCAUGCGAGUAAUGUCAAUUGAUAAAAUAUACAAUUUACAUCUUCUGUUUUUACAACUGAAAUCGAAUUUCAGUCUAAUAUUAAAAGUUCCUUAAACUUUUAGUGGGGCACGUUGCUUUGAAAUGAAUUCCAACAUGUUUGUAACCUACGUAAUACACAGAUUGUUACUCUAACGUUUACAUGUAUUAUACCAACCGUAUUGCCGUGAUGGAUAUUUCUUUAAAUAAAUUACGGAUACUAGCACUUCAUGGAUAUGCCCAAUCGGACACUAUUUUCAAGACAAAAUUGGGUUCUUUAAGAAAGGGAUUUAAAAAAGAAAUCGAUUUUGUAUUCUUAAAAGCACCGCACAAAGUUUCAAUGAAAAGCAAUUUUGGCAUUGAUGAACCAGAAGCAGAAGGAGCGUAUGGAUGGUGGUUCAACACUGAAGAUCAUAUAUUCAAAGCGACUGUUCCCAGUGAUCUAGCGGUGGGCUUUGAAGCUAGCGUUGCCCUGGUUGAAAAGACAUUUCAAGAAUCUGGACCAUUUGAUGGUAUCCUGGGUUUUUCACAAGGAGCAGCAUUUGCUACAAUACUUUGCUUCAUGCAGCAAAGAGAUUUGUUGUCAAUCAAAUUUGAUUUUGCAAUUAUCAUAUCAGGAUUCAAAUCAUUGUGUAAGCCUCAUGCAACGUAUUACAAUGACAAAAUAAGCAUUCCCUCUUUACAUAUUUACGGCAGGAGUGAUCAAGUUAUACCGACAGAAAUGGCAGAAGAAGUUAGUAAAAUGUUCAUACACAAAACAAAUACGACACAUGAAGGCGGUCAUUACAUACCAAGUAAAAAAGAAUGCUAUAAAGAAUUUAUUUUAGACAUGUUAUCAAAUAAAAUCAAAUAGACAAUGCCCGAUUCUUAUACUAUGUACGACACAUGAAGAACAGUGAAAUACACAAUAAUGAGACACCUACAUCGACUGUGAAAUGUUCUUGAGCAAUAUUAAUAAAUUUAUUUAAAUCAACUAUAAAUAAACAUUAUACAAUACGUAUCAAAGGUAA